CUACUAGUACUAAUAUAGUAGAAUAAUUAUAGAUAAUCAAUCAUGGAUAAUUCCUAUUUUUGAGUGAACAUAGGAAUUCCAAAGAUUUUCCUCUGCAUAUUUGUUUUCCCCUCUCCCUUUCCCUCUCUGAAAAAACUGCAACCACCUUCCUGAGAGAGAAAGAGGAGAAGAAGAAGAAGAAGACGAGCAGUUGUUAUUCAAUAUUUUGACGACUCCCCAAAAUUACGCAAAUUUUGAAUCUUGGGAGAAUUUUAAAACCAGCCCUUUUUUCGUCUACGAAAAUGGGGUGUUUUUAAGAAAAAGACUUGGCCUCAAAUUCGUGUGUUUUUUUACUCUUAUGUGAUCUCGAUUUUCAUGUGAUGUGCAAUUCCUCACGGAGAGGAAAAGGGAUUAGAGAAAGAAAGGAAGGCUGUAUGAACAUUGAGAGGGAGAACGCUUGCGCCCAGAUGAUUUCUACUGGUUAUUAUACUUCCAAAAAAAGUGAUGAAAUAUGCGAAGAUGACUGUGACGAGGCACCACUUGUUUUUAUAUGCAGCAAGCUUCUCCAUCAUCUGUGACCAUGUCUAGGCUCCGUUGCUUCCUCCACGGCAUAGAUUUCCGAGUAAUUUUCUUCUUCCUCCUCAUUGCCCCGGCAGCUGUCUUCACCAUAUAUUGCCAUGGCCAGAAACUGACCUACUUCCUCCGCCCCCUAUGGGAGUCGCCUCCGAAGCCCUUCAUCCCUCUAACUCACUAUUACAAUCAGAAUGUGUCGAUGGAGACUCUCUGCAAGCUCCACGGUUGGGGCAUCCGUGAGUUCCCUAGGCGUGUGUAUGAUGCAGUCCUGUUCAGCAACGAGAUUGACAUGCUUACCAUCCGAUGGAAGGAGCUUUAUCCUUACAUCACGCAGUACGUGCUGCUUGAGUCCAAUUCCACCUUCACCGGCCUACCAAAGCCUCACAACUUCGCCAUUCAUCGGGAACUGUUCAAGUUCAUUGAGCCUAGGUUGACUUAUGGUGAGAUUGGUGGAAGGUUCCAGAGAGGUGAGAAUCCGUUUGUUGAGGAGGCGUAUCAGAGGCUUGCCCUCGACCAGCUUCUGAAGGUUGCGGGGAUAGAGGACGAUGACUUGCUGAUAAUGUCUGAUGUCGAUGAGAUUCCUAGCGGGCACACUAUUGAUCUCCUCAGGUGGUGCGACGAUAUUCCUCCGAUUCUCCACCUUCAGCUCCGGAACUAUUUGCACUCGUUCGAGUUUCAGCAGCAUCAGCUCAGCUGGAGAGCUUCUAUCCAUAGAUACCAGAAGGGGAAGACUAAAUACGCUCAUUAUCGACGAACUGACUACCUAUUCUCUGACUCGGGCUGGCAUUGUAGCUUCUGCUUCCGCCACUUGAGCGAUUUCAUCUUCAAGAUGAAAGCCUACAGCCACAGUGAUCGAGUGAGGUUCUCCCGAUUCUUGAACCCCAAAAGGAUUCAGGAGGUAAUCUGCAAGGGGGGCGAUCUGUACGACAUGCUGCCCGAAGAGUACACUUUUAGGGACAUAAUCGGGACAAUGGGACCGAUCCCUCAUUCUUUGUCGGCCGUCAAUCUCCCGUCCUAUCUGUUGGAAAACGCGGACAAGUACAAGUACCUUCUGCCGGGACACUGCUUACGAGAGCACAGAUGAUCCCAGACGAGGCAUAUAAAGAUCGUCGUUGUUUAGGGACGAGCAAGGAUACUGUAAACAAGAUGCAUCCCUUCCUAGUUGAGAAGAAGCUGUUCCAUUUUGAUGUGAAGAGAGCUUCAAUGGUGAAGAUGUGAGUAGUGACCAGCUAGUGUUGUGUUCACUAGUGCUGUAUAGGAAAGCUUCUCUAUAAUUCUGAGUUUUUCUUAUUUUGAUUUCAGUUUCCCUUUUUUUGGUGAAAUAUUUACACUUCUAUGAAAGGCUAUUUAAUUGUGUAUUCUUAUA